CAAAAGUACAAAAAACCCAGCAAGGCAUAAUCACAGACAGAAAAAUAAUCCAAGUAUCAGUCAACGGUCCAAAACCCCCCCAAAGCAUUCAUCUUUCUCUCUGUUCCUGUUCUUUUUCGAUCUGAAACCAGAUACCCAGUUCUCGAAUUUGGUUUUCUGUGACUUGGGUUUUGAUUUUUGGAUCGACCAGAUGAGAUUUCGAAUUGGGUUGGGGUUCUUGGUGCUCCUCUCGCUUUGUUUCACAGUGAAAUCCCAGUGCAGCAAAAGCUGCGGUUUGGCUUUAGCUAAAUACUUCGUACAGUCGGGCUACAAUCUCACAUUAAUCAGUCAAUUAAUGGAGACGAACGAAGAGAUAAUCGUUAACUACAACAAAGGCACGGUGCCCAACACAGACAGUGUUCUAGCUGGUACAAAGAUCAAUAUUCCUUUUAAAUGUGAAUGCGUAAAUGGAAAAUUUCUUGGCCAUAUGUUCAAGUACGAUGUCAUUUCCGGGGACACGUACAAGAAGGUUGCGCAGACUUACUAUGCGAAUCUGACGACGGUGGAGGCCAUGACAUGGUUCAAUAGCUAUGCUCCAACUAAUAUACCCACGAAUGCCAAAUUAAAUGUGUCUGUGAAUUGUUCAUGUGGGAAUACAGCGGUUUCUAAGGACUAUGGUCUGUUUAUCACGUACCCACUUCAGCCAGGGGACACUUUGGCUUCGAUUGCGCAGGCUGAGCAGCUGAAUCAGACUUUGCUGCAGAGAUAUAACCCUGGUGUGAAUUUUAGCCAAGGGAGUGGUUUCGUGUAUAUUCCGGGCAAAGAUGAAAACGGAAGCUAUCGAUCUCUGAAGUCAAGCCCAGGACUAGCAGGUGUAGCCAUUGCUGGCAUAAUUGUGGCAGUAAUUGCUGGAGUGCUGAUAUUGGGUGGUGGUGCAUAUGGAUAUUACCGAAAGAACAAGGUGGAUGCAAAAUUGCUCUUAGCAGCAUCUGAUGAUCAGUCUUCUCAGCAUGGGCUUUCACUUGGGUUUAUCCCAGAUAAGCCUGAAGAAGCAAAUGGUGCUGGUCGAGGCCCAACAGGCAUUUCCGUGGACAAAUCAGUGGAGUUCUCAUACGAAGAACUUUCCAGGGCCACUGAUAACUUCAGUCUGGCUAAUAAGAUUGGACAAGGAGGUUUCGGAGCCGUUUACUAUGCAGAGCUGAGAGGCGAGAAAGCUGCAAUCAAGAAGAUGGACAUGCAAGCAUCAAAAGAAUUUCUUGCCGAAUUAAAUGUUUUGACUCGUGUACAUCAUUUGAAUCUGGUGCGCUUGAUUGGUUAUUGCGUUGAGGGCUCUCUUUUCCUAGUCUAUGAAUACAUUGAGAAUGGAAACUUAAGCCAACAUCUACGUGGUUCAGGGAGGGACCCACUACCGUGGUCUAAUAGAGUGCAGAUUGCCCUAGAUUCAGCAAGAGGUCUUGAAUACAUUCAUGAGCAUACUGUUCCUGUUUAUAUCCACCGGGAUAUAAAAUCAGCCAAUAUACUGAUAGACAAAAAUUUCCAUGCCAAGGUUGCAGAUUUUGGAUUAACUAAACUGACUGAGGUUGGAAGUACAUCACUCCCCACACGUCUUGUGGGAACAUUUGGAUAUAUGCCGCCGGAAUAUGCUCAGUAUGGCGAAGUUUCUCCCAAAGUAGAUGUUUAUGCAUUUGGAGUUGUCAUUUACGAAUUGAUCUCCGCCAAGGAAGCUGUUGUGAGGGCAGAUAGUUCUGGCUCUGAAUCAAGAGGCCUUGUUGGUUUGUUUGAGGAGGUUCUUAAUCAACCCGAUCCUAAAGAAGACCUCCGGAAAUUGGUUGACCCUGGUCUUGGAGACAACUAUCCACUUGACUCAGUGCGCAAGAUGGCCCAACUUGCCAAAGCAUGCACCCAUGAGAAUAAAGACCUGCGUCCAAGUAUGCGAUCUAUCGUGGUUGCGUUGAUGACGCUCUCAUCCUCAACUGAGGAUUGGGAUGUUGGAUCCUUCUAUGAAAAUCAAGCUCUGGUCAAUCUGAUGUCGGGAAGGUAGAAAUCUAGAAGUGCAAUGUUGCUUGUGUUCAGGAUUAGGAAGUAUCUUUUGUUGUGAACACACCGAAUAUGAGAUAUCAUAGACAUUGUACAUGCAUAGAUAAUUGAGCAUCGUGGGAGUCUUUUGUAAAUUGUAUAUAUAUCACUUAACGUAUCAAAUGAAGAGAUAAAAGUUCCCUCAAA